AUGUAUGUGAAAUUGUUUGAUACAGCAAUGUUUUACUAUGUUAUUUUUAGUGAAUGUCACUUUGUCAUUUUCAAAUUUCCCGCCGUUCCGUCCCAGUACGUCCCGACGUCGCAGGGGACGGAACACAGAAGACAGAUGCUGUCAUUCGCCAGAGAACAUUACAGGGGACGCUGCAGGAGGGACAUCGCGAGAGCGCAGGACAAGGUAAGAGAAGAACAGAUUCCGGAGCAGCACCGCAUGGUAAGCCCGAGUGUAGCUCGGGGUUACCGCUUGUGCUACACUCGGGAAUACCACCAGGGAGGCUACGGA